AUGGAUGACGCAGAGUCUUCAGAUAUAGUGUUGGGCGUGGCAAUGGAUGAAGAUAGCAGCGACGUGGCGCUUGUGAACACCGCAAAGCAUUCUGCACGCCGAAGUUCUGCACGAAGGACAUCCAUGGCAUUGGCAAAGAAUGCACAGAAUCGUUAUAGUGCAGAAUCAGACACUCACAAGCCAAAAUACAAGCGAGAAAAGCGAAAAGAAAGUCCUGGAGCAUUAAGAAAGCCACCACAAACAAGAAAGAAGCUAAAGCCAAAUGCAAUGCCUGAGACACCGAGCAGCCCAGUUGCUGUAGGCCAUGCGCUUGAGACCGAAGGCCAGGUGAAAGUCAAAGUAGUCGAUUUGAAUGGCGAAAGAGUGGUUUACCUGGAACGCACAGACACACUGGAUAAGAUUUACCGAAUGUAUUGCAAAAAAGACCCAAAUGUAAGGAUGAAGCAUAAGUCGAUCCCUGUCUCAAGACAUCUAACACUCGAUGAGAUCAACUUUGACGAGAACCACUGCAUCAGCAUACACGGUCUGAAUGGCGUUGCCAAGGAGCCUGAUGAAAUACAUGUAAGGGUGAAUCUCAGCACGGAAAACACCAUUGAGAUGGAUGUUGGGAAAGGCCUGAGGGUUGAUGAGGUGCUAGCAAUUGCAGCCAAGGACAGCCAUGCAGGAAAUAUACUUGUGAGAAACGGCGAGGUGCUGCCGAUGGAGAUGCUCAUUGGGAGUGUGGUGGAUUCUGGAGAUGUGCUUGAUGUUGUGAGUAUGAGCGAUCUUGAGUACUUGAUAUAG